AUGUAUUUACAAGUUGAAGUUAAGCCAAAUGGAUCGAUUUCCAAACACAAAGCAAGGUUAGUAUCUAGAGGAUUUCUACAGAAAUCUGGUUUAGAUUACUUUGAAGUGUUUUCUCCUGUAGCUAGACAUGAAAUAACCAAAUUGGUGAUUGCUAUAGAUGAAAAUGGGAAUUGGCCUUUGAUGCAUUUAGAUAUAAAAUCUGUUUUUCUAAAUGGUCCUUUACAAAAAGAAGUUUAUCUGAAGUAUGAACUUGAACUUCUAAAGAGAUUUGAGUUAACAAAUUGCAAGUUUGCAAUCACACCUGCUGCAACAAAUCACAAGUUGGAUUCUGGUGUUGAGAGUGAUGAUGUAGAUGCUACAACUUUUAAACAAUUGGUUGGCUCAUUGAAAUAUCUCUAUAACACCAGACGUGACAUCUGUUAUACAGUUGGAAUGGAUCUGAAGAUCAAGGUGAGCAAGUUUGUGAAGCUGAUGAUAGACAAUAAAUCUACCGUAAGUCUUGCCAAGAACCCAAUACUGCAUGAGAGAAGCAAGCACAUUGACACAAAGUUUCAUUUUCUACACAAUCAAGUUCAAAAUGAAAUGUUUGAAGUUGUUCACUGUAGCACUCAAAAGCAACUUGCAGAUGUUUUUACUAAAACUAUUAAGAUUGAACACUUUAUCUAUUUGAGGAAUGAAAUUGGUAUUGUUGAUUUUAAUUAG